AUGUCCAGAAUAGCUGAUUCCUUGGCGAGAAUCGCCAUUCCGCUGGGUCUCGUUGCAUCCGGUCUUCAAUACUCUAUCUACGAUGUGAAAGGUGGUUCUAGAGCAGUUAUCUUCGACAGACUGAGCGGUGUUCAACAACAGGUUGUGGGGGAAGGAACCCAUUUUUUGAUUCCAUGGCUUCAAAAAGCGGUGCUUUAUGAUGUGAGAACAAAGCCCAAGAACAUUGCCACCAACACCGGUACCAAAGAUUUGCAAAUGGUGUCUUUAACGUUGCGUGUGUUGCACAGACCAGAUGUUAUGAAAUUACCCUUCAUUUACCAAAACUUGGGUUUGGAUUACGAUGAAAGAGUGCUCCCAUCGAUUGGUAACGAAGUGCUAAAGGCUAUUGUUGCACAGUUCGAUGCUGCAGAACUGAUCACGCAAAGAGAAACAGUUUCGCAGCGAAUCCGUCAGGAGUUGUCCUUGAGAGCCAACGAAUUUAACAUUAAGCUGGAAGACGUGUCGAUAACGCACAUGACGUUUGGUCGUGACUUCACCAAGGCCGUCGAAUUGAAACAAAUUGCGCAGCAGGAUGCAGAAAGAGCUCGUUUCGUGGUGGAAUUGGCAGAACAGCAGAGACAGGCUUCUGUUAUUCGUGCUGAAGGUGAAGCCGAAUCUGCAGACUACAUCUCGAAAGCACUUGCAAAGGCAGGUGAUGGGCUACUGUUGAUUAGAAGAAUCGAAGCCUCUAAGGAGAUCGCCAAAACAUUGGCCACUUCUUCAAACGUAACGUACUUGCCCAGCAACCAUGGCAGUAGUGAUGCUCAAAGCCCAAACUCUUUGCUUUUGAACCUGGGUCGCUAA